AGAGGACGCAACCGCGCAAUCUGAGAUUGCUGCCACGCGCUGGAGACACGCAUCGCCACACACGUAGCGCUCUGGCUACAAACCCCCAACAGCGCAAAGCUCUAGCCUUUGGCCUUGAUCUCCUGCAACCGAUCGCUCCAAUUGUACAGCCCCGGCGCACACCGCUCCCACUUCAAGGAUAUGAGCAUUCCGCAGCGUCUGCAGGGCUCUGGCAAGUGCACCACAGCCACUGCAGACUCGGCAGCUUGCCGCCGCUGCCCGCCGGCGCCACGCCGCGCAACACUUGUGCAGCCACGCUGCCAGCAGCGGCCUGGGGCCCACCAGCCGGUAGACGCUGCCGACGGCGCUGAUCGCUGGCAGCAGCCGCAGCGGCGGCUGGCGGCGGCGCUGGCGGGGGUGGCUGCCACGGCGGCGCUGCUUGUGGGCACUCCUCUAGACGUCGCUAAGGCCAGGCCAGUGCUCACGCAAGACGAAAAGAACACGAUAGCCCUGUUCCAGCGCAGCAGGCCAAGCGUAGUCUACAUCACAAGCCUCACGACCCGGCGGGACGCCUUCACGCUCAACAUGCUGGAGAUUCCGCAGGGAGAGGGCUCAGGGUUUGUGUGGGACAAGCAAGGCCACAUUGUGACCAACUAUCACGUGAUCCGGGGCGCCUCCGAUGUGCUGGUGACGCUAUCAGGCGGCGAGGGGCAGCCUGCCAAGGUGGUGGGCUUCGACGAGGACAAGGAUGUGGCGGUGCUGCAGAUACAGGCUAAAGAGAUGGAGGCAAGCAGGGAGGGAGGGGGAGGGAGGGGCCCACUGACCCCGCUGCGCCUGGGCGACUCGGCAGAUCUGGAGGUGGGGCAGAAGGUCUUUGCCAUCGGCAACCCCUUCGGCCUGGACCACACGCUCACCGCAGGCAGCGGCACGGGGCGGGAAAUCAACUCUGGCAACACGGGGCGCCCCAUCCAGGAUGUGAUCCAAACCGAUGCAGCCAUCAAUCCAGGCCACGGUGGGCCGUUGCUGGACAGCAGUGGCAGCAUGAUUGGCAUCAACACAGCCAUCUAUAGCCAGUCAGGUGCGCGGAACAGCGCGGGCGUGGGCUUUGCCAUCCCUGUGGACGUGGUGAAGAGCAGCAUCAUCAAGUACGGCAAGGUGGUGCGGCCCAUCAUGGGCAUCAGCUUUGCGCCAGACCAGUCGGUGGAGCAGCUGGGGGUGAACGGCGUGCUGGUUCUCAACGCACGGGACGGCGGGCCUGCUGCCAAGGCCGGCGUGCGGGGCUCGACGCGGGAUGAGUACGGCCGGCUGGUGCUGGGCGACAUCAUUCUGGCCAUCGACGGCAAGCGCAUCAACACCGCCUCAGACCUGUACCGCAUCCUGGACAAGUGCUCGGUGGGGGACAAGCUGGAUGUGGAGGUGCUGCGGGCGGAUGCUACCGAGCACCUGACCAUCACGCUGGAGGCAAGCGCCUGACCGCGCUGCAGCCAGCAGGCGGAGGCCAGCGCCUGAGCCAGGCAGCAGCCGGCCCUACCAUAGGAUGCGCCCUACCAUAGCUGAGCCAGCAGGCACGGGUGCCAGGUGGCGGCCAGCGGACCGCAUCGGCAUGCCGUCCUGCCGCGACUGCCGGCACCAGCAGGGCAGCCCAGCCCUGUAGCCCAGCCCUGUGAAAUGUACUAACGCUUCACUCCACGUAUUGGAUGCGUGCCAGCCUUAAAUUAUCCUGCUCAGCAUUCAUAAUUCGUGCGGCGGAUGUGACCCGCAAGGAGGUCUAUUACCCUGUGGACCAGCGCAUCAAGCUGCGGGUGGAUCCAGACCUGCAGGAGCUGUGGCUGUCGAUUGGGGUGCAGCUGCCGGAUGAGGAGGAUGAGCUGCAGGAGGCACUGCAGCAGAUAGGCCUCAAGCCCGCGCCGCGGCAGGUUCUGGAGAAGCGCGAGGCGCGGGAGAAAAAGCGCAAGGCGCGCAAGGUGCGGCGCCUCACCAAGGUCACCAACAUGCACCUGAAGCACCUGCUGGACGGGGACGCGCCCUCCAACAUCGAGACGGCGUGAGGGCGGGGAGGGCAGCAGAGAGCAGGAAACGAGAGACAGCCUCCAGCUGGUUGUUGCGCUGGCCUAGCGGCAGGGCACAACGCGUCUUAUUUGCGGGGACCACCUGCCUCGCGUUUUCCUGUCUGCCGUCCCCCUGGGAACCGCUGUCACAUUGCUAGCCUCCCAGCCUCGAAUCCCUUUGCCCAACGCAUGCAUGCGUCACAGUGGAUGGAACAGAUCAGGGCGCGAA